CUAACAUUUACCCCUUUAAAAAGUUUUAAAAAAUUACGCGCGAAAAACACCAAUUUAGAUUUACUAUGAGUAACAACGUUCAAAAUUCGGAUCAUUAUUCCCAUGAUUAUUCCUGGAGCGAAAGGGUCUGUUCUCCCAUAACUACCCUCUCAGAGGCAUGGACAUGUUUGGAAAACCUCCCUCGUUGGAUAAAUAACAUUAUAGAGCUUAUACCUCGCAGUAGUAUGGCCAUAAAGUGUACAGACCUGGAAUGUCACGUUGAGAAUGAUAAGUUUGGCCCCAUUAUUCGGACGCAUCACAAUUCUGUCCCUCGUACCCUUAUUUGCCAUGAUAUGAAGGGGGGGUAUAUACAGGACAAAUUUACAGGUCCAGUAUUAGAAGGAAACGGAUAUGCUUUUUAUCGGUGGGCACAAAUUGACUCUUUUGUUUAUUUCAGUCAUCAUCUGAUAACGAUUCCACCCCUAGGCUGGAUAAAUGUAGCGCACAGGAAUGGUGUGAAAAUUUUAGGGACUUUUAUUACCGAAUGGGACUCUGGAAAAUUUAUUUGCGAAGAGAUUUUAAAAUCUCCGGAAGCGAUUAAAAAAUUUGCAAAUAUUUUGGCUGAUCUUUGCGUCACAUAUAAAAUAGACGGAUGGUUAUUGAAUAUCGAGAACAGUAUUAGCAAUCCCUUGAAACUGAUUGAUUUUGUCGAAUAUUUGACGAGACUUUUACACAUUAGAAGACCUGGCAGUCUAAUAAUUUGGUACGACAGCGUUACGAAAGAUGGAAAGUUGUCUUGGCAGAACGAGCUCAACGAUUUCAAUAGGUCUUUCUUUGAUGUUUGCGAUGGUAUAUUUGUAAAUUACACCUGGAAUGAAACGAAUCUUCAGCAAACUGUUAAAGAAGCAAAACACAGAAAUUUGGAUGUUUACAUCGGGGUGGACGUCUUUGGACGUAAUUUUUUUGGGGGAGGACAUUUUAACACGUAUUUGGCAGCUGAAAAAAUCAGGCAAUACAAUCUAUCAAUGGCAAUAUUUGCCCAAGGAUGGACCCAUGAAACUUUGGAAAAGGAACCCAGGGAAACUUUCAUGGAACGAUUUUUGGACAGGGACAAUGCUUUCUGGAGAAGUCUCUGGCCUUACUUGUACACCCACUUGCCAACGUUGACCUUUCACACAACGUUUUAUUGUGGAUCAGAUAAAGAAUAUUACAGGCUAAACAGUCAAGAACUGCAAUUAACGCGAUUUCUGCAUGGCAAAGGGAAAAGUCGUGAAGACUUCGAAGUUGCCACCUUAAUAGAUACUUGUAACUGUUUGCAAAUGCAUUUUGAUGGAAAGUACACAUCGUGUGUUAUAUCUAGAGGCCAUUUAGAUGGCCACAACUACGUCCAUCACCUUUUCUCUUGUGAUAUUCACGUUAAUGGCGACGCAAUCAUUUACACCUACACCAAACCACAUAACGACGCCUUUGAUAACUUAUCGAUAGUUUUGCUGAUACAAAAUUCCAGCGGGAGUUACGAAAAGAUCGUGUGCCAUUCAGUAGAUCAGGUAAAGUUGCAAAAUAGCGUAACCUUAACCGAAAUAAACGAAACAAACAGUGAAGAGGUCAUAAAUAAAAUUGCAAUUGCUCAUCAUUAUUAUCCAAAAGAGUGGAGAUUGAGAUGUUUCGAAGUUCAUUUGUACGACUGCAAGAUAAUCGAAAUAGGAGCUAAAAUCGAAAAGGGAAAUUCGGUGUGUUUAUGUGGCUUUGGUAUUGCCGAUAUGUCUUAAAAUAAUUAUAUUGUAUUACAUUAUAUUAAGUAGGUUCUAAUAAUGGUAUCAGAUAAUUUACUUUAAUAUAAGGAACUAUCAGUACCAAAAACGGUCAUCCAUUGUGUCACAUUACCUCAUUUUAAUUGAAAAAAGAAGUAUUACAUCAACUGAGAUACUCGCGAAAUAUUAGCCUAGAAGAACCCGAACUUUUUGGCAAAAAAAUUUCACCAAAAUAUAUUUAUAUGUGAACCGUGCUACCUAUCGUCCUGCACACUUUUUUUAGUUUAAGUGAACGUGGAAUUCCAAGUACUUUAGUGUGAUAGGUACAUAAGAUUUAUGUAAAUACUACCUUCGAAUUGCUGGUAAGUAAUUAUAUGGGUUAACAGUUCUUAAUUUCAUGUUAUUUAAAAUCUAUAAAUGUUAGAGCCUUAGUUAGAAUUUUUUUCUGUAGUAUUUACAAAGUCCUUUAUGUGUAUGAAUAAUUUUGGAUUUUACAGACUGCAAGUUUGGAUAUUAAGUCCCGUCUUAUCAAAAAGAUAAUUUUUCCCACUUUUUAAAUCUGUGCGGUUAGGCAACCCAUUUUUCACAUUUUACCAUUAGGUUGUAGGAAGAGCGAUUAGAGCGAUAAAAAUUAAUAAUUUAACAACAAAUGAGGAAGCAAUUGGAAGCAAUAC